GGCUCCAAGAAACCUGGAGCCGGCCCUGAACCAACUUCAGGGUCGUCCCAGGAUGGAAGUGCAGCGAUACAGAAACCUCCACAUAUCAAUCUCCUUCCAAUUAUCCAUUCAUACAUCUCCCGUGACGCUUUGCCGGGCUCGUAUCUCAGUAGAAGUUGAUUACUGUUGGCGCAUGCGUGUAGUCACCUACAUGACCCUUGCUGGGCUCCUUUUCCCCUUUUUCCAGAUGCGGCUUCAAUCGAUGUGUGGGGGUUCGAUGCAGCAGCCUGUUCGACGGAGUGGCCCUCGGUCCAGGUUGCUGCCGCCACCUCCGCCUGCUGCGCUCCCGUUGCCUUUGCCGGCGGCGCCGCAGUCGCCCAUUGACGUUGUUGGGCCUCCAGCAGUUAAUUUGAGCGGAGAUCGACCAAGGCCAAAAUACGGGCUGACUGCUGGAAGACAGCCCUUUCUCAGAAUGUAUAGACCAAAAGUAAGCCUGAAAGACAGGCAACAACUUUACAAACUGAUUAUCAGUCAGUUGCUAUAUGAUGGAUAUAUCAACAUUGCUAAUGGGCUGAUAAAUGAGGUAAAGCCACAAUCUGUAUGUGCACCCUCUGAACAGUUAUUGCAUCUUAUUAAACUGGGAAUGGAAAAUGAUGAUAGUGCAGUUCAGUAUGCAAUUGGGCGCUCUGAUACAGUAGCUCCUGGCACAGGGAUUGACUUGGAGUUUGAUGCAGACGUACAGACCAUGUCCCCAGAGGCUUCUGAAUACGAGACCUGUUAUGUCACAUCGCACAAAGGACCAUGUCGCGUAGCUACGUAUAGCAGAGAUGGACAGUUAAUAGCUACAGGAUCAGCUGAUGCUUCAAUAAAAAUACUUGAUACAGAGAGAAUGUUAGCAAAGAGUGCUAUGCCUAUUGAGGUUAUGAUGAAUGAAACUGCUCAGCAGAACAUGGAGAACCACCCAGUUAUUAGGACUCUUUAUGAUCACGUGGACGAGGUGACAUGCUUAGCUUUCCAUCCAACAGAACAAAUCCUUGCCUCUGGUUCAAGGGAUUACACACUUAAAUUGUUUGACUAUUCAAAACCAUCUGCCAAAAGAGCCUUCAAAUACAUCCAGGAAGCAGAAAUGCUGCGUUCUAUCUCUUUCCAUCCUUCUGGAGACUUCAUUCUUGUCGGUACCCAGCAUCCUACCCUGCGACUGUAUGAUGUCAAUACUUUCCAGUGCUUUGUAUCUUGCAAUCCUCAAGAUCAGCACACUGAUGCCAUAUGCUCAGUUAAUUACAAUGCAAGUGCUAACUUGUAUGUAACGGGCAGCAAAGAUGGAUGCAUCAAAUUGUGGGAUGGCGUUUCAAAUCGCUGUAUCACUACUUUUGAGAAAGCUCAUGAUGGGGCUGAAGUCUGUUCUGCCAUUUUCUCCAAGAAUUCCAAAUAUAUUCUGUCUAGUGGAAAGGACUCUGUAGCUAAACUAUGGGAGAUAUCUACAGGGAGAACACUGGUCAAAUAUACGGGAAUCUGGACGUUAGAAAGAAAGGCAUCAAGAUCUUUUUCUUGGGCCUGGGCGUAAGACCAGUGCUCCCCUCCCAGUCCUGCUGGCCAUUCAUUUCUUCACACAGACAAGUGAAAUAAAGGUUGUGUCGUUCCUAUUAGAUUUCUCACCUGCCAUUGAUAUUACAUAGAAUCAAAUCUUGUUGACUGUGAGACUUGGUAAAUGUUACAGUCAUGCCUGGUUCCAUUCAUUUGUGGAUAUAUGUUCUGAAAGGGGGGAUAAGGAAGUGUGUAAUAACACUGUAGAAACUGAUGUGAAGUGCCAAAGCUCCAUUCUAUCUCUGCCAUUGUUUUAACAUUUAUAUGAGGCCAUCAAAAGUCCAUGCAUAAUUCUUGGAGUGAUGUGUGAUCAGGAUGUGGAUGGCACCCUUCUAUUUUUUCCUUGCUCAUUGGAUUGAGGAGCAUUAAUAUUGGUACUGAACCAGUGUCUUGUACUUUUUGGUUAACUGGAUGAGAGUGUAUAGUCUGAAAAUUGAGUCCAGACAAUGUAAGUGGUAGCGGUUGAUAUUCCUUUAGUUUUGAAGAAAGGGGAAAUGCCUACUGAUGGAUGAGCUCCAUCCUUCCAUGUAUAGUUCAGAAGUCAUAACGAAACAAUAAAGAAUCUUGUAUCACCUUACAUUUAUUAUGGCAUAAGCUUUCAUACCCAUAAUAAUAAUAUGUCAUAUUAAGUUAUUAAUCGUUAAGAUGCUGCAAGACUUUGUUUUGGCUGCAACAGACUAACAUGGCUGUCCCUCUGGAAAUAGAUGAUCAGGUGGGAGUUGGGGCCCAGAGAGUAUGCUACCACUUGGCAUCAUCUACUCGUGUCAGUUGUUUCCUUAAGAACCAUCAUUCGUGUUUCUUCAACCUCCAGGUUUGAUUACUGCAAUGCGCUCUACAUAGAUAGCUCUUUGAGAGCAUUCAGAAGCUUCAGUUGUGCAAAAUAUUGCAAGCUGCCUUCUUUUAGGAAUUGUAUAGAGAGGUGCCACAAGGUGUAUAGAGAAGAAUAUGGCAUUUGGUAUUGAGCAAUUGUACUAGCUGCAUCUUAGCUUGUAGCUACAAUUCAAAGUAUUGAGGUGCUAAAUAGCCUGAUCCUUGCAUAUCUUAAGGGGUAUUUCCUCAAUAUGAGUGAGCCCAGUUAAUCUGUGGAAGUCCUACACUUUCUAUGAUGGACCAAGAGCUGUGGAACACCCAAGGAUCUGAGUCACUCUGUGCAGCCUUUUCUAUAGGUGAGCAAGGGUUUUAUUUUUAUGAAGCACCUUGCUGAAUUUACUAAUAAAGAUUAUGUUGAUUAUUGGAGAAAGCAUUAAUGAUUGUAUUGUGUAUUCCUCAUGUUUGCCAAUGUGAGUUCAGCUGGCAAUAGUGGGAAGAACUUUCUUUCAAUACAUAUUUUGAUACUUGAUAUUUAUGUUGCUAC